AUGGUUACCUUCUACCAUCGGUUCAUUCGACAAGCGGCUCACGUAAUGCGCCCGCUCUACGAGGCCCUUAAGGGUACGACCCCCAACCAGGACGUUGUCUGGACCGCGGAGGCGGACCAGGCCUUCGAGGACACAAAAGUUGCGUUGUGCCAGGCCACUAUGUUGGUCCACCCGUCACCUGGGGCCCCGGUUGCCCUCACUACUGACGCGUCCGACUAUGCCGUGGGUGCCGUGUUCGAGCAGUGGGUCGAGGGUACCUGGCAACCGCUCGCCUUUUUCAGCCGCCAGCUAGUCCCCAGGGAGCGUAAAUACAGCACCUUUGACAGAGAGCUGCUCGCUGUUUGGUUGGCAAUCCGCCACUUCCGCUUCGUCCUGGAGGGCCGUGAGUUUACGGUUUUUGUUGACCACAAGCCCCUUACAUUCUCCAUGUCUAAGGUGGCCGAGCCGUGGUCCGCCCGCCAGCAGCGCCAGCUGGCGUUCAUCUCGGAGUAUACCACGGACAUACGACACAUUGCCGGCAAAUCCAAUGUGGUUGCGGAUUGUCUUUCCAGGGCGGUCGUUGGUGCGGUCCAGCUCGGACUAGACUACGCGCGUAUGGGUGCGGACCAGGCCGCAGACCGCACCCUUCAGUCCCUCAAGGACUCGGACACUGGACUGCAGCUGGGAAAGGUCGCGGUCGGCGCUUCUGGGGUCGGGUUGUGGUGUGACCUCUCUACUGGCCAGCCCAGGCCUCUGGUCCCCGCCAGCUGGCAGCGGUCUGUUUUUGAGACUAUACACGGCCUGUCCCAUCCUGGCAGAAAGGCAUCUGUUAGGCUUGUAUCGCAAAAGUUCGUCUGGAGAGGACUCAAGAGGGAUGUGCGGGCCUGGGUUGAUUCUUGUGUGGCCUGUCAGCGUGCUAAGGUGCACCGCCAUACCAAGGCCCCGUUAGAACCUUUUGUUGUUCCGGAGAGGAGGUUUGACCACGUUAACAUCGACCUGGUGGGGCCGCUUCCCCCUUCACGUGGUUUCACUUACCUCCUCACGAUGGUAGACAGGACGACGCGCUGGCCUGAGGCUGUUCCCCUCGCCUCUAUCACGGCUGCCGAUGUGGCUCGGGCGUUCAUUGGCACGUGGGUUUCACGUUUCGGUACGCCCUCUGAUCUAUCCUCUGACCGGGGUGCGCAGUUUACCUCGGAGGUCUGGAACGCUGUGGCGGGGGGUUUGGGUGUCAAGUUGCACCGCACCACCGCAUACCACCCCCAGGCUAACGGACUGACCGCCCCCAAGGAGGAUCUGCAGUCCUCGUCCGCCGAGCUUGUUUACGGCCAGGCUUUGCGGGUGCCUGGGGAUUUUAUACCGGAUGCUACGAGACCUUGGUCUGCUACCGAACAGCGGUCCUCCCUGCGGGAGGUGGCCACGGGGUUUGCGCCUGUUCCUACGUCGCAGCACUGCUCCCCUGAGUCCCGGAUGCCCGCUGGCCUCCGCUCUGCGUCGUUUGUUUUCGUCCGCCACGACGCCCACCGUGGACCGCUGCGUCCCCCUUACGACGGCCCGUUUAAGGUUUUGCAGCAUGGGGACAAGAGCCUGGUCGUGGACAUUGGGGGUCUUUACCCUCAAACCCACAGACCCCCAGACGCCCCAGUCCAACCUCCUCCCCCCGCCCCCCUGCGUUACGACGACAGCUCCGUGUUUCCCGAGAACCGCCGUAUGAAAGAAGAACCAGUGACAAGUUCUAUUUCGGCCUAA